AUGGAAUCUACAGAAACAAUGAGCGACGCCCACACCCCUCAAAAUCGACAACCAAGGGACUUGACGCCCAUGUUAAUGGACCUCGAGGAUCGAGCCGACCGGGUACUGACAAGUCUUUACUUGCUCAAGCAGCUAGACGACGUAUUCCCAGCUAUCGAGACAGUCAUAGAGAAGCAAGACUGUGUUGAUAAUAUUCGCUCCCAUACCGAGAAAAUGGAAGCAAACUUGGAGGUCAUGGAGCGGAAGAGCGAGUUACUAGACGAUGAACGAGUCUGUGACUGGAUCAAUAACGGCAGAGGUGACGCAGAGAAGGAGAACAGAAACGAGUUUCUCAAUCGAUUAAUCAAGAAGAUGGACGGUCUGCAGAAACAGAUGGCGGAAAUGAGGAGGGGUUAUGUCGGAUAG